ACAGGAGCUGAGGCAUUGCAACACGAAGCGAAUCACAGGCGUAAGGAUUUUUGUCAGUAAUUUUGACACGAACUCUGAUCAAAGUAGUAAUCAUCGCGAGUAUCAUGUUUAUAGAAGUUGCAGUGUCCGUAUUCCUUAUUUGGGUUGUAUGGUACAUUAGUAAUACCUGGAUAAAGAAGCGAGGAAUGCCACCUGGUCCCUUUCCUCUCCCGGGGAUUGGUAAUAUACCUCAGGUUAUGUCCAAUCAACAAUUUCCUUUCGAAAAUUUGUCUAAAGAAUAUGGAGAUAUCUUUACGGCAUUUUUGCCGAAUGGAACGUUUGUUGUACUAAAUACCGCAUCGCUAGCAAGACAGGCGAGACUUGCCACAAGAGACGACGUCGCGGGCAGGUCCUCUGAAUCAACCUACCCUUUGGAAUUGAUAUUUGAAAAAGACGUUGCCGUUUCAGAUUAUUCGCCAGGAUAUUUAUUCCGCAAGAAAGUUUUCAAGUCUUCACUGCACUUAUUUGGAGCCGGCAUAGAACAGGCAGAAGAUCGAGCCAGACAUGCUGUUCAACUCGCUUUGCAAGAGAUUGAAAAAUGUGAAUCAUUCUCGCCAAACAAACUUAUUCCACUAACAAUAUUUUUACAAAUGUGGGAAUGGUUAACGUCUAAAAAAUUAUCGGUCGACGAUCAGACUAUGUAUCAUCUGUUCAACGAAUUACAACUUAUAAUCGUAAAUCAAACUAGAGAAAGAUCUAUAUACCUUUUAUUACCAUUUCUUAAAUACGUAAGCAAUUUCAACCGUAAGAUAGAGAGGGCAAAACAACUGAGAAGGCAAUUGCUUCUACCAGAAUAUUUUGCCCAUCGUGAGACGUAUACUCCAGGUGUAACACGUGAUGUGACAGACAGCUUCAUUGCAGCUUAUGAGAAAGAGAUCGCCAAAGAGACUGGAAAAGACAUCGGAUCAAUGGAAGACAUACCAAAUUUGAUGUUAGAUUUUGUUGUAGCAGGAAUCGACACAUCUGCAACCACAAUAUGUUGGUUCCUUCUCCACCUUGUUUUACGUCAAGAAAUCCAAGCGAAACUUCACAAAGAGAUUGAUAGCGUAGUGAAAAACGAUCGACUCCCAUGCUGGCAAGAUGCCCAGAACAUGCCCUUCCUACAGGCUACUUUAUGUGAAGUUAUGCGAACGUCGGGUCCUCUUCCUAUCACAGGAACGACUACCAUUCGUGACACAAACGUCGCUGGCUAUCAAAUUCCAAAGAAUGCAACACUCGUUUUAAAUAUCAACCAAAUCCACCAUGAUAUCAGAGAAUGGGCCGAACCUAAUGAGUUCAAACCUGAACGAUUUCUUGACGGAGAGGGAAAUUUCGUUGGUUGGACAGCACGACAUGCCUUUAUGCCUUUUGGCCUCGGUCGUAGAGAAUGUCUUGGUCAACAGUUAGCGAAGGUCACGAUGUUCGUAUUUGCCUCAACGCUAUUGCAUCACUACAAGUUCGAACUCCCUGAAGGAGCAGAGAAACCGAAUGUAUUACCAACAGGUCUACAACUUCAUCGUCCUAAAGACUUCACGCUUGUGGCAAAGAAGAGAUAUUAAAUCUUAACCCCAAUGAAAUAAUUUGGAUACUAUAAUAAACUGAUCACUCCUUUUUAAAUAGCUAAUAGUAUUCGAGGACUUACAAGCUAUGUAUA